ACGGGCCCAAAGUUCAGUCCGAGGCCCGUUUCCCCUAGUGAAUAUUUUUCUUUAUUGAAAAACCUGACCGUUGAAACCGUUUCUUCGUUCUCUGUGACUCUUCUCUCCCGCUCUCUUUUCUGAUAGUCAGUGCGCAAACACGGAGAACUUCUUGGUUUCUACAAUCAGAAUCCAGUGCAACUGCUAUGCAGCUAAUACAAAUUAAUACGGGCUUUUGAAUGACACAUGAUUGUGGACUUCUUUCACAAUGGGGAAUGUCAUUGGUAAAGCUGCAAAUGGAAUUGGAGGUGUUCUUGGACAUGCUUUUGUAGCUCCUAUUAAGACUAUCUUUGGUGAAUCAUGCGAGGGAGUUUGUUCAGGACCCUGGGACGUAGCAUGUUUCAUUGAGCAUUUAUGUGUCUCCAAUCUGGUGAAACUUUUAAUGAUCCUGGUCCUUUGCUACAUAAUGUUAUUGUUCUUCUACUUACUGUUCAAGGUGGGGAUCUGCCAAUGCAUAGGAAGAAGCCUUUGCAAGAUGUGUUGGGCAGCAUGUGAAACAUAUUGGUUUGCUUUAGAAGACAUUACCUGUUUCUUGUGGCACAAGUUAAAAAACACCAAGAGGAUAAACCGCCGGCACCAGCGCCGUUCUCAAGAUUUUGAAAUGGGGUACAGUUCAAGCGAUGAUAGUGAUUAUUCAGACAAAUAUGGUAAUUUAAAUCUCCAUACAAAGCAGAAGACGGCUAGAGAGAGAAGAAAGGAUCGGCUUCGGAGCUCUCUCUACCCUUCAAGUAGGCGUAGUAGCUACCAUCAUCAUCGCCAUCAUGUGAGGUUGAAUAAUAGGGAGGUAUCCCUCCAUGUUAAGGGUGGGUCUCAAGGAUUAAGGAGCUCGAGACAUCUUCAAAUGAGUAAGGUAAGAAAUGCUCAUAGAGAGGCUGGUAUUUUCAAGAGGAGGCGGCUUAGAUGA